UUUGUAUCAAUUUGCAGCUGACUAAUGUGACUUCUGAACACUACAGUUAGCACAGAAUCUUCACAGAUAUGAAUCAAGUCAUGCUGCUGUUGCUGAUGGUUGCGUUGUCCUUGCUGGUCCACUCGGUUCCUGCCUAUAACGCGUCCCUGCCACUGGACUGUGAGGAUGUUUACAACCUAAAGAUAAGCGUAAAGAAGAACGCCUCUGUUCCCAGUGGAGUGUACACCAUUUACCCAGCAGGGCCUAAUAAACCCGUGGAGGUGUACUGUGAUAUGGGCUGCCUGGAGAACGGUGGGCAUGACGAAGAGAAAUGGACUGUGAUUCAGAGGAGAAUCGACGGCAAUGUGAGUUUCUACCGGCCAUGGGAGCAAUAUAAGAACGGAUUUGGUGACGCCAAGGGUGAAUACUGGCUAGGUCUGGAGAACAUCUUCCUGAUGACGUACAGGGAGAAGUAUCAGCUGAGAGUGGACAUGGAGGAUUUUGAGAAAGGCAGCGCCUACGCCCAGUACAGAAGUUUCUACAUCGACCCAGAGUCCAGCAAUUACAGGCUGAAUAUCGGUGGCUACAUCAAUGGAGGAGCAGGAGAUUCUUUGUCCUACGUGAAUGGGAGGAAUUUUUCAACCUUUGACAGAGACUAUACAGGAUACUGUGCGGAGACUAACAGUGGAGGAUUCUGGUACAGUGCAGGAUACUGGUACAGCUAUUACUCUUGGACAUGCCACCUCGCCAACCCCAAUGGCCUGUACAAAUACGGGAAUGUGGGCUCGGCAUACACAGGGAUCAUGUGGCAGUCCUGGAAAGGUUACUACUACUCUCUGAAGACCAUCGUGAUGAAGAUCAGACGGAUGGGUCUGGAAGAUCUUGAAAGUCUUUAG